GGGGCGGCGCAGGCGCUCUCCCCUUCCCGGCGCCAUUGCGGCUGCUCAGGGCGAGCCCGGUGCCAGGCGCGGCCCGGACAUGGCCACCGACUCCUGGGCCCUGGCCGUGGACGAGCAGGAGGCGGCGGCCGAGUCGUUGAGCAGUUUACACCUGAAGGAGGAAAAAUCCAAACCAGAUGCCAAUGGUGCUGUUGUCAAGGCGGAUGACAACAUUGAGAAGACAGAGGAUGAGGAGAAGGAGGACAGAGCUGCCCAGUCCUUGCUGAACAAGCUGAUCCGCAGUAACCUGGUUGACACCACAAACCAGGUGGAGGUGCUGCAGAGGGACCCCACAUCCCCUCUCUACUCCGUGAAGUCUUUUGAGGAGCUGCGACUGAAACCACAGCUCCUGCAAGGAGUCUAUGCCAUGGGCUUCAACAGACCAUCUAAGAUACAGGAGAAUGCGCUGCCCAUGAUGCUUGCUGAGCCCCCACAGAACCUGAUUGCACAGUCUCAGUCCGGCACUGGCAAGACGGCUGCCUUUGUCCUGGCCAUGCUCAGUCGUGUGGAGCCUGGGAACAAGUAUCCACAGUGUUUGUGCCUUUCCCCAACGUACGAGCUGGCACUGCAGACAGGAAAAGUGAUUGAGCAGAUGGGGAAGUUUUAUCCAGAGCUGAAACUUGCCUAUGCUGUCCGAGGCAAUAAGUUGGAGAGAGGUCAGAAGAUCUCAGAGCAGAUUGUGAUCGGCACUCCCGGCACUGUGCUGGACUGGUGUUCCAAGCUCAAAUUCAUAGAUCCCAAGAAAAUCAAAGUGUUUGUGUUGGAUGAGGCUGAUGUGAUGAUAGCAACACAGGGCCAUCAGGACCAGAGCAUCCGCAUUCAGAGAAUGCUCCCCAGGGACUGCCAGAUGCUGCUGUUCUCAGCCACCUUUGAGGAUUCCGUGUGGAAGUUUGCUCAGAAAGUUGUUCCUGACCCAAACAUCAUCAAACUGAAGCGAGAGGAGGAGACUCUGGACACUAUUAAGCAGUACUAUGUUCUGUGCAGUAACAGAGAUGAGAAGUUCCAGGCUCUCUGUAACAUCUAUGGCGCAAUCACCAUUGCCCAGGCCAUGAUCUUCUGCCAUACUCGGAAGACAGCCGGGUGGCUGGCAGCAGAGCUCUCCAAGGAAGGCCAUCAGGUGGCACUGCUCAGCGGGGAGAUGAUGGUGGAGCAGAGAGCCGCGGUUAUAGAGCGCUUCCGAGAGGGCAAAGAGAAGGUGCUGGUGACCACAAACGUCUGUGCCAGAGGGAUCGAUGUGGAGCAGGUCUCUGUUGUUAUCAAUUUUGACCUUCCUGUGGAUAAAGAUGGAAAUCCAGACAAUGAGACGUAUCUGCACCGGAUCGGACGUACGGGUCGCUUUGGGAAGCGAGGACUGGCUAUUAACAUGGUAGACAGCAAGCACAGCAUGAACAUUCUCAACAGAAUCCAGGAGCAUUUCAACAAAAAGAUCAGCAAAUUGGAUACUGAUGACUUGGAUGAGAUUGAGAAGAUCACUAACUGAAGCACAGCUGCUGGAGCCGGUGCGUUCCCUGCUGUGGAAGCUCUCCCACUCCAAUUGGAUCAGCGUUUGGAUUGGCACACCUCAGCUAGUCCCAAAAAGGACUCUCUAAGAUCUGAGUAUACAAAAAUUACCUCAUUUUAAAUUGCAGUUGGACUUCAAAUUGUGCAACUUGUAGGGAGGAAGAGGAAAUGUUUACAGAAGCUUUUAACAUUUCUUAGUUUAGCCUUAAAACGGGAAGAUCUUUAGAAUUCUAAGAAAUACACUUGCCAAAACCUGGGCAAUAGCAAAUUAUCUAAAGCAAAUUGAAGAUGAAUAGAAAAACUUUAUUGCCUCGAAUGGGAAUUCAUGUUCAGCGUUAACCUGAUCAGUUAAAAUCCAACAGCUGAAUAGAUAAUGGACAGAAGGAAAGAAAUGAGAACCCACAAAUAACCCCAAACAAGGCAGCUGUCUUUGGGUGAAAUACUCAACUUGUACAAAAUAGGAUGUCAUUCUCUUUGGCGCUCCCCUGAGCUCUUUAAGCCUCAUUUCUAGCUUCCUGAUGGAUUUGCCCUGCUUUUCCUUACGUAAAUUGUCCUAAGGAUGUCUCCAGUAGCUCAUUCUUGCAAACACAGGUGCCGUGUUGUUUCUGCUGGGCAGCAUUUUCAUUGAGUUUAUCCUUGAGUUGUUUGAGUGGCCACUGUCCGGUGGGGAUGGAGCUCAAGUGUCUCCUUGAGAGGUUUACCUGAAGCCUUUGACCUCGCCAAGGAGUAGGUGGAUGGGGAGGGAUAGUGUGAAAGGAACUGUACUGAUGAAUGUGAUCACGAGAUUCACCUCCAUGCGAUGCUAAUAAUAGUUGGACUGGGGAUCAGUCACCUUCAGGCAGGUUCUGAGAUGCUGCUGUGGAGCCCAGCAUGAAUAAUGGACAGAACUGCUGGGCUGCACCCACAGGGGUAGCAAUCAAUCAAUCAAUCAAUCAUGCUAGCUUGGAUUGACCAAACCCAACCCUUUUAGACCACCACAUUUCCCUUGUUCCAGUCCCAGAGUUUAGAGUUCAGUGGCUCAGCCAAACCCCAGCUGGGAAGUGCUCUGCUUCCACUGUGCUCCUAGUGCAGUCCCUUAUCCCGGGCGUCCCUGCUGGAGAAGGAAUGACAUCCAACUUCCAUGCUCGGGCUCUUGGCUCGGUUGGGACCAUUCUUGCGUGGUUUCCAGGGAGAAGGAGGCUCCUGAACUAGAACUUAGGGUGCACAGCUCUUCUUUUGGGGGGAAAAUGGGAUGUGCUUGGUGCAGGAAUCACUUCCAGAACCAAUGUAUAAAUUGUAAAUUUACCUAGGACUUUUGUUUCUUUGCAAUUUUGGCCAUCCUAUUCUGUUCAAAGACAGGAACAUGGAUCCUUUUACCAAGUAAAAAAAAAAGGCUCAUUUAAAAAUGUACCUAAAAUUUUAGGAACUCGUGCACCCUUUUAUCGAUUUGUAUAAAGGCUUUAGUGAAAAAAAAAAAAGAAAAAAAAAAACAACUUAAAAUUAAACUUU